AUGAAGUCGCUUUCUUAUACUCUUGCUGUUCUUCUUCCUCUCGCCUCGCAGCUAGUCGUAGCCAUGCCUGGUGCGGAGCCUGAUGUUGGAUACCUUGAGGAGAGAAACAAAGGCAGCGACUGGGGCUACAAAAAAUACCAUGGAGACGAUGACCACCAUGAAUACGAUAAUCAGAACGUUUGUGAAGUCAAAUAUCCUUAUCCAUACUACAAGUAUCCUUGCGACUCAAGCCCCUCGAAUGGCACGUCUAUUCUGGGCGCUACUUUCACCUCUUUUUGCAAGUAUCAAAACGCCGAUUCUGGAAUCUGGUACAGCGCUCCAAAAGGAUGGGUCAAGGAAGACGAUAAGCCUCGAAAGUGCCCGGGCGCGACAAACCCAUGCCCUGUGUAA